AUAUUUCAGUGGCUAUUUCCACCGCUGCUAUCCGAUUGUUAAUCGGUUCGAUUAACAGGGAAUUUCUCAAAUCCUAACAUAAGUUUAAUACGUUUGAAAAAUUCAAUUCAAUCCUUGUAAUUUCUUAUCCUCGUCUCACAACACUCGCUACUCUACUCCGAUUCAUUUCAUCGAAAAUGUCGACAUUCCUUCACCUCAACCCUCUAAAAGCCAUUACAAUCAACACCCCUACUCGGCGUAACUCGACAAGACUCGGCCGGAGAUCAAUCAGGUGCGACUCGGCGGCGGAGAUGUCGACGGAGAAGCACCAAAUUAAGGUGAGUAACGGGAACGAUUCGGUGGAGAUAUGCCGAGUUUUAAACGGAAUGUGGCAAACAAGUGGUGGAUGGGGACGUAUCGACCGAGAUGACGCCGUUGAAGCCAUGCUCCGCUAUACUGAUGCUGGGCUUUCCACCUUCGACAUGGCUGAUCACUAUGGACCUGCUGAAGAUCUUUAUGGAAUUUUUAUUAAUCGAGUCCGUCGUGAGCGCCCACCUGAUGUUUUAGAAAAAGUCAGAGGUCUCACAAAAUGGGUUCCCUCACCAGUUAAAAUGACGAGGAGUUUUGUAGAAAGCAAUAUUAAUGUUUCAAGGAAAAGAAUGGAUGUUGCUUGCUUGGACAUGCUACAGUUCCACUGGUGGGACUAUGCCAAUUCUGGGUAUCUAGAUGCGCUGAAACAUCUUACAGAUCUUAAAGAUGAAGGGAAAAUUAAAACUGUGGCUCUUACAAAUUUUGAUACGGAGAGAUUGCGAAUAAUUCUUGAAAAUGAGAUUCCCGUUGUUAGCAACCAGGUGCAACAUUCGAUUGUUGACAUGCGUCCUCAACAGAAAAUGGCAGAGCUUUGUCAACAAACUGGAGUUAAACUUAUAACGUAUGGAACAGUUAUGGGUGGUCUUUUAUCAGAGAAGUUCCUUGAUACCAACUUAUCCAUUCCGUUUGCUGGUCCUUCACUUAAUACUCCCUCCCUACAGAAGUACAAAAGGAUGGUUGAUGCAUGGGGAGGAUGGAGUCAAUUCCAAGUAUUGCUUCAAGUGCUGAACAAAAUAGCUAGGAAGCACGGUGUGUCCAUUUCAACUGUUGCUGUUAAAUACAUACUAGAUCAGCCGGCUGUAGCAGGCUCCAUGAUAGGUGUCAGACUUGGGCUAUCAGAGCAUAUUAAAGAUGUUAAUUCUGUAUUUUCGCUUGAGCUUGAUGAGGAAGAUGCCGACAGCAUUCGUGAAGUGUCUAGCAGGGGGAGGGAUCUGAUGACAGUGAUUGGUGAUUGUGGAGAUGAGUAUAGGCGCGCUUAAUUAAUGCUGGAGAUGGGGCUGUUUUUCAUGCUUGAUCUUUCUGCCUGUUUUUCAUAUAGUGUAAUACGGAUUGGGAGUUUUGGACUUCGUUUACUGUACUUGUUUGCUUACAAAUAUUGCGAAGGGUUGUGGUUCUUAGAUGCGGUGAUGACUGCCCGACUGGGGUAGGGGACGGAGCAACAUGAAGGAGGCAUCGAGAGAACCACUGCAGAGCAUCAAUGCUCAUAAAAUUAUGAUACUCUUAUACAAGUGACCUAGUACUUAAUAAUGACGAAAACAUAUUACUUCAUAAAAAUAUUGUCGAGUAUUUGUACAUCAUCGAUCAUAGGUAACUGGGCUAUGAGCUCACGACUCAGGGGCGAUGCUAAGCUUGGGGUUUAAAUCAUAAAACCAUGCAUAACUCUGUAAGUUAUGAAUAACUCUGUAAGUUAUGUGAUGGCUAUGCUGUAUUUACUUUUCUUGCUUGGAGCCGAGUCUGCACUUCAUAUAGGCAGAUUCUCAGUAACAAGGUUUUACAGUACCUUAAUGUAUUGGUUCUCUUUGUUUUAAAGACUA